UUUAUUUGUUAUUAUAUCAUUCUGUUAUUUUAAUAUACGGCGAUGCUCGUGCUUGCUAAACCUCUGAAACAUAUACGGGGUCAGGCAAACCUCCCAUUAUACUCAGCCAGCGUGUAACGAAUGUUUUCUCCUUGCUUUUUAGAUGUAAUCUGUGCCCUCGGGUAAGCGCUCCAGCGCCACAGCUAUAAUAACAGCGGUAUAAUUCACUCCGCUUGACAUGUUGCAAUAUUUUGACACAGCGAGACGCGCGUCGGGGCAACGUGCUGUCGCCGCAGGUGCAUUCUGGAAACGGGCAUCCACGAAGCGAGUAAGCAGCCUCCACCCAUCAUUACAGUUCACAGACAACUGAGACAAGUAUCUGCGGAGAUAACCCGACGGCCCUCCCGUUAUCAGUCUCAGGGUUCUCAUACCUCCCACUCUUGCCUUUGUUAGCGGAGUAUUUGCGUCCGCGCUUCGCUCCUCCUCCUCCGGUUUGCCAUCUAUACUCGCGAUCCUCCGUGCGUCUGCAGGUUGUGCGCUCUGGAAACGCAACAGGUUACAAGCGAGUGAAUGAAUCAAUGGGAGAAAUGCGGGAACUUAAUAACUAAUUCAACCUGCGACAACGUUUCACUGAUCGUAUUUGACUGAUUGCAUUCGUGUGGAACUCAAAACUUCAUCAUGGUUUCGUUGCUGGAUUUAAGCGCUCUCGUCCUGUCGCUGGUGUGGGGAUACUGUGUCCUGGCAGACACCGUCUUUACAAACUUUACCCUGGACAACGAGGUGCACUCGAGCUUCAUCCACCGGCGCUUGAAGAGCCAGGAGCGCCGGGAGAUGCAGCGGGAGAUCCUGUCAAUCCUCGGGUUACCGCACCGGCCGCGGCCGCACCUCCACGGCAAGCACAACGCCGCGCCGAUGUUCAUGCUGGAUCUGUACAAUGCCAUGUCCACCGAGGGAGACGAAGAGGGCUUCUCGUACCCCUACAAGCCCGUUUUCACCACUCAGGGACCGCCGAUUGCGACUCUUCAGGACAACAACUUUCUGAACGACGCGGACAUGGUCAUGAGUUUUGUUAAUCUAGUUGAACACGAUAAGGAGUUCUUGCCCGUGAGGCGCCAUCACAGAGAAUUCCGAUUCGACCUUUCCAAGAUUCCAGAGGGCGAAGCGGUGACUGCUGCGGAGUUCAGGAUCUACAAAGACUUCGUUCCAGAGCACUUCGACAAUGAGACCUUCCGCAUCAGCAUCUACCAAGUGUUGGAGGAACAUUUAGACAGGGAUUCAGAUUUGUUCCUGCUGGACUCGCGGGUGAUCUGGGCAGCAGAAGAGGGCUGGCUGGUUUUUGACAUCACAGUCACCAGUAACCACUGGGUGCUGAACCCGGGCCGUAACCUGGGCCUGCAGCUGGCUCUGGACAGUCUGGACGGUCAGAGUGUGAACCCCUGGGUGGCGGGACUGGUGGGGCGCAGUGGCCCUCAGAGCAAACAGCCCUUCAUGGUGGCCUUCUUCAAAGCCACGGAGGUCCACAUCCGCAGCAUCCGCUCCGCUCAGGGCGGAAACAAGCAGCGCAAUCCCAACCGCUCCAAAACCGCCAAGGGCCAGGAGGCGCUGCGUGUAGCCAAUAUUGCAGAAAACAGCAGUGCUGACCAGAAGCAGGCCUGUAAGAAACAUGAACUGUAUGUCAGUUUUCGAGACCUUGGAUGGCAGGAUUGGAUUAUAGCUCCUGAAGGAUACGCUGCAUAUUAUUGCAUGGGAGAAUGUGCCUUUCCUCUCAACUCCUACAUGAACGCCACAAACCACGCCAUUGUACAGACAUUGGUUCACUUCAUCAACCCCGAAACAGUUCCAAAACCAUGUUGCGCUCCUACACAACUCCACGCCAUCUCCGUCCUGUAUUUUGACGACAGCUCCAACGUCAUCCUGAAGAAAUACCGCAACAUGGUGGUCAGAGCGUGUGGAUGCCACUAGAGUCCUGUCACACAUGCAUAGACAAUCAUUACACCCAUAUAGACAAUGCAAACACACACAAACACGCAUGACUGAUCCUCAUUUAUAAAAAUGGCGCCCUCCCAAGAUCCCACCAAAACGAUAUGAAGAUCUCAGGCCAAACCAAGACCGUAUACCAAGGACAAAAUGAAAACUUUCGAUUGGCCAGGAUUGCAAAAGGAAGUUACAGAUAACCUCUCUUUUUUACACACACACACACACACACACACACACACACGCACACAAACACACACACACACGCACACACACACACGCACGCACACGCACCAACACAUGUAUGCACACAUUUACAUACUUCUAUAUACUUGUGCUUUCUACUGUGUAAAUAGUUUUUCAAUGACAAAGUAUUUAUUUUCCAACACGAACUCUAAAACAU